UCACCAGACAAUCUGCUAUGUGCUACCUUCAGAUAUUCAGCACCAACUCGUCGGUGUUAGCAAAAUACUUGUCCGUGGUCCUAAUUUAGGUCUUAACAAGAGAUCCUGUGCUGUUCAGCUUCGAUAUGAAAUGAACCUAGUGUAUCGAACGAUUCCAUGAUAUUGAUCAUCUAUCUUGACAACCUUGCUAGGCAUCACCGAGGUAGGGAGGGACGGAGAAAGUUCAAGCAAAUGGAAGGGUUUCUGGUGAGCGCAGCAACGGGAGCAUUGAAGGCCGUUACCGUGAAGCUGGCAGCUUUCCUUGGUGACGAGUUCAAGAACAUGAAAGAUGUGUGCAAGGAGAUCGACCCUCUCUCUGAGGAGCUUAAUUGCAUCCAUGCCUUCCUCGUGGAGAUGUCAAAGGAGGAGAAUCUUACUGACAAAGAAAAGAUAUGGAUGACUGAGGUGCGGGAGGUGUCCUAUGACAUUGAGGAUAGCCUUGAUGACUUUAUGAUUCAUAUUAAUAAUGAUGACAAUUCUGCUAAGGCAAAGGGCCUGAGCCUAAUAAAGAAGUGUAAGAGGUUGUUAGACAUGAUGAAGGCACACCAUCGGAUCUCCAAGGUGGUACAUGAUUUUUUUUUUCGAAAGCGUGCAUUGGCACGUGUUGCUUUAAGGGAAAAGUGGAGUCUGAGUACAAGCACGUAA